AUGGAAGGGUUAGCUAUCAGAGCAUCUCGACCAUCAAUUUUGUGCUCUCUUCAUCUUGGCGGUGAUUCUCAUCGACGACAUCUAAGUGACGGUUACCUCAGGCUGCUGGUGUCGUCGAAUGCAGCAGCUAACAUAAAGUUUGUCGCGAGUUCAGUUUCUUUUCGUCCAGUCUCCGCCAUCAAUGUGUCUGCACAAGCUUCCCUCACCGCCGAUGUCCCCGCCCUUUCAGACAACAUCGUGUGGCACGAGAGUUCCAUAUGCAGAUGCGACCGACAACAGCUUCUUCAACAAAAGGGUUGUGUCAUUUGGAUCACUGGUCUCAGCGGUUCAGGGAAAAGCACUGUUGCGUGUGCGCUAAGUAAAGCAUUAUUUGAAAGAGGCAAACUUACUUACACACUCGAUGGCGAUAAUGAACGUCAUGGACUUAACCGGGACCUCACUUUCAAAGCUGAGGAUCGUACCGAAAACAUACGCAGGAUCGGUGAGGUGGCUAAGCUGUUUGCUGAUGUUGGAGUCAUUUGUAUAGCAAGUUUGAUUUCUCCAUACCGGAGAGACAGAGACGCUUGCCGGUCUCUGUUGCCGGAAGGCGACUUCGUGGAGGUUUUCAUGGACGUUCCUCUAUCUGUGUGCGAGUCAAGAGAUCCAAAGGGGUUGUACAAGCUCGCACGUGUCGGCAAGAUCAAAGGCUUUACUGGAAUCGAUGACCCUUACGAGGCACCACUGAAUUGCGAGGUCGUGCUGAAACACACAGGACACGACGUUUCUUGUUCGCCACGUCAGAUGGCUGAAAACAUCAUCUCUUACUUGCUAGACAAAGGUUACCUUGAAGGCUAAGUCAAAUCUGAAAAAUCGAAGAGAAAAAAAAACAAUAGAUUUUUCUUUUGUAACACAACAAUAGAUUUUAUAAUGGUUAAAUGAUUGCUCUCUCUCUCUCUCUGGUUCUCUCGUAAGCUUGAGACGUGAUAUACGACGGUGUCUCGCUUUUCAUCCUAUCAUUUGUUCUUGAAUUGUGUUAAACUCGAGAUCCAGAGGAAGGAAACAUGUAUAUUUCUUUUAUUUCUAAUUAGCAUUUAGUUCCUUAGUAGAGAGUUGUUUAUUGCUUAAUGU